UCUGAUUUCGCCUCCUCCCACCUGCCUUCCAUCUUUGAGGACAUGUAUUUCAAUUGUUAAAGCGGUCACUCGACUAUCUUAUCAAUAUAAUAGAACAUCUUUGCUGUGGCACAGGCGCUGUCAGGUGCAAAGCCGCUAACGACACCGCGGCAGCUCGGUUAAAACUACAGAAUGUGCCAGGAAUAAAGAACAAGAGCUGCUCUCUGAUUCUCUCCGAGGAGAGAGAGUGAUCAGCCAUGGCCAGCUGUCGGAGAGGGAGCCCGCGGAGCCGGGCAGGACAGGCAAGUGGCAGUCUGAGAGCAGCGAGGAAGCCCGGGCUGAGAGAUCCUUCCAGCGAGUUAGGGGAUGCUGGCGAAUCAAUGACAGAGCUACCACAAUGGUUGCGGCUUUAUUUCUAUGGGAUGCACGGUAUCACUUUGGAUAUCCUCCUUUCGUCGGCACAGGGGCUUUUGGCUGACAGGGACCCCAAACUGUUCGGCUUUUCCUCCCCGUACCUCUGCAUCAUGCACUCGGUGACCCAUUUCUUGCUGGAAAAAAUAUAUUCGCAAAAGAAGUGCUUUCAAGGACGCACAGUAGUUUUUCACCUUGUUUUCUAUCCCUCUGUGUACAUUGGGUUGCAGAUCCUGAUUGGGAAUAUAAACACGCUGACCGAGCACGUUAGAAUAGUCUCUGCCACUCAUCUCGUCGUUCACUACCUACUGGCACUGUACUUCACCCAAGUUUUCCACAAGGGGCUUGAGCGGCUGCGCUACCACUGCCCCGGGAAACGGACCAUGUCUACACCGGAAAAGCGCACCCUGGAGCCGCUGCCUACUAACGGUCUGCCCGAUGUUGUGCGAUUCCUCUUCUUUGGAAUGCACGGCUUUUUGGACGAGAUCUUUUUUACCUCGAUAUUCAACCUCGUGGAGAAAUCGGACCGGACCAUGAGCGGCCACACGUCCCUGUGGUCCUUCCUGAUGUACGGAAGCUGCAGCUUCGUGGUAGAGAAACUCUACCUGCAUUUGUACUUUAGACGGGGCUGGAGCACCUGGAGGCGGCUCCCCGUCUAUAUCUGCUUCAUCUACACCUGGGAGUUCUGUUGGGGGCUGGCGCUGCGGCAGUACGACGCAUGCUCAUGGGACUAUUCCCACUAUCCAUUCAACUUCAUGGGCCUGAUCACGCUCCUCUACCUGCCCGGAUGGGUCUGCAUCAGUCUCUACCAGGAUAUUCUGUCCAGCGUUCUGCUGCGCGUGGUGGUGUGUGCCAAAGACGAGUAGUGAAGGCACCCAGGGCAGGGCGCUAGCAUCAACGUCUGCCAUGUGUCCAGGGGGGAAAAAACGAUAUUAUAGGCCUAGGUCACAUUUGAUUUAGGGACUGUUGAUACCAAUACAAAGAAAGAAGAGGACAUUUAAGACCAUCAAUGUUGUACCCGGACUUAAAUAAUGUGUAUUUCCCUUGUGGGAAUGUGGAAUUGAUGUGGCUGUUUAGACAGCAUCUUUUAUCAGUGAUUCUAACAAAAAGCCUAUCAAUUUGUGACAGGUAGCCUAAAAGCACAGACAUGCCUUGCCUGGCAUGUGAUGACACACAGACAUGCCUUCUGCUGUGAUGACAACUGACAUUUCGAACUUUGAUGUAGAUGAAACAAUAAUAUUUCACAUUUUACACUUCACUUGCUUGCUCAUUUUAGAGCUGUGAAUGAUUUCCUAAACUAUAUUGACAAAGUCAGCCAUAUGCAUGGUGGCACCAUUUGACGAGGUUGGUCUCUUCAAUUUCAGAGCAAGCUUUGAACUCAUUUCUGCAUGGCUGCAUUCAUGAUCACUUAAUUGCUUAAGUCGUAUUACCUUAAAACAAUGCAUGACAUUUGGAAAUAAAAUAGCUUCUAAAAAGUUCAAAAUGUAUGUAGCGUGAGAUGUAAUCGAACCGAAUAGAACAGGUGGUGGACCGAAUUCAUUUCACUGUGAAUCUUUUUCUGAACCAAACCUUAACCUUACUGUGUUGGAGUGCCUUUCCGAGCAAACCUACAGACAGCUGGACUAAAGACAAACUGAACUACACUGUGGGCCAGUUUCCCCCUAGUCCUGGCCGAACUAAAAAUGAAGCUCAAUGGGGAAUUGAAAGUGCUUUUUAAGUCUACAACUAUAGGCUUAAUCUGGGUCAUGUAAACAGGCAAUGUGUGCCAAUCAGACAGACCCUGAUGAUCAGCUUUAUAUUUCUCCCAUCUUUACGUAGGGGCAUCCCAGACCCAGGCUUGUUUACCUAACAUUUAUAAAGCAGCGGAGCACGAGUCAGCUUUUUAUGGUUUACACUCUUUAGGUUGAUCUGGAGUGGGCAAUAUUGGGAGUCAGCAGACCUGGGUUCAAAUACUACUUGUAAUCUUUCAGGCACUUUCACUGUUUGUUUUAACCUGCCUGGAGUGCGAGAUGGACGGGUUUUGGGGUUUGAAUUUUAGCGGCUAUUCUAUUGGUUCCACGCCAGGAAAGCUCAAUCAAGCCUAGAUAAAGUAUUUGAAAUGAUUUCAGAAUAGUAUUUGAAUCUAGGUCUGGGAUCAACCUCCAUGCAUAGAGCUCUUUGGCAUAUAUCUUUCUGCCUGUUUUAUUUCCUCGUUUGCCAUUGUACCAAACGGUCAAGUCUCGUGUUCUCUCUGAAGG